CUGUCAGCAUCCCCAAAAUUGUCUUUGUCGAUUCACAAAUCCCUUUCUCGUCUUCACCUUUCUAGCAAAGAUGGCAGCUAAAGGCAAAGGAAAUGGGAAAAGGAAAGGGAAAGGGAAAGGGAAUUCCAAGAAAACAAAGAGCAAACCUCCGGACCCAACAUCCGACUGCAUUUUCCGUAGAGAAAUCAUCUCUAACAUCCUUUCUCGUCUCCCUGUCAAGACCCUUUUACGAUUCAGGUGUGUUUGCAAGCCAUGGCGGAACCUCAUUUCCAAACCCAACUUCAUAGACACCCAUUUACACCGUUCCUCUUCUUUGCAGCCCACUAAUUCUCCCAUUCUUAUACACACCCGCCAUGUCAAGUCCACCGAUCAUGUACUCUCACUAUUCGACUCGCCGGAAUCAUCAGUUACCGAACUCGAUAAUCCUUUUCCUUUCUUCUUUCACGAGAUGGCCGUUGUGGGUUCAUGCAAUGGCAUUGUUUGCCUUUGUAAGCCACCUUGGGGUGAUGUAAUCACUCUUUGGAAUCCAAUGAUGAGGAAGUGUAGGGCGGUGCAGCUUUCGAAGAAGAAACCCCUAAUGGGAGUGCACUCUGGUGUAUCCAUUGGGUUGGCGUACGAUUCACAAGAGAAUGAUUUCAUUAUCUUAAGUCUUUUGUGUUUCAGGGUAGGAUCUAGGGUUCCGGAUGAAGUGGAAAUGUGUUCGACAAAGAGUUUCUGUUGGAAGCAGGUGAAAAAUGUGGUGGGGUUUAGAGUUCUUGGGCCCUGUUGCAAUGUGAUCAUUAAAGGGGUACCCUAUUGGACUGCUCUAGUAGAGGAUGAGUAUGGGUUACGUGAGGUGUUGGUGUAUUUUGAUGUGGAUAGGAAAGUAUUUAAGAGGUUACCUAUGCCAGGAAUAACAGUGGGAACUCAGUGGCAGCUUGUCAAUUUGGAGGAUUCCGUUGGUAUGUUAAUCUGGGUGAAAACAGACAAAUAUAACGUUGAUGUUUGGGUAAUGGACGAUGAAGAUGGUUGGAGUAAGAAAUGCAAUGUCGGACUGGUGUUCGGGUUUGACAGAAUUAUUGGCUGUUUGAGGAAUGGUGACAUUGUAGCUGAGGAUGAAAAUGGCGUGUUGUUACUCUUUGAUCCUGUGACUAGUUCUGUUAAGGCAAAAUUGUGCAUCGAUAACGCUAAGAGAGGUUCAUCCGUGAUUUUCAACUAUUCAGAGAGCCUAGUUCUAAUUGGAGGGAUGCUACCAGUUGAGAAGCAAACUGCUAGAGAUAAAGUAGCACGUGAAAACCUCCUAAAGGCUGGCAUAAAUUUGAAGAUCAUUUCCACCGACGAUCCCCAACAGGUUGACUUGGCUACUAGGAUUGCAUGAAAGAAGUUUCUGCUUCCCCUUUUGCUAUCCUUAGAGAUGACAUGAAAAACUUUUGACAUCUUUUUAGUU